AUGUCGAUAACAAGCAAGAAAAAAGUUUCUACUUCUCCACAACAUUCUAUGAAAGAACAUCAUGAUCAAAAGACUGAUGAUAACAAUAGAGAAAAAGCAUUUGAUAUUGACAAGAUUUCUAUUGAAGAGAUACACACGACCAACGAUUGGGAACAUGCUGAUCUUGGAGAUGAAGAGCGUAAACAAAAGUUUCUUCGAUUAAUGGGCGUUAAAAAACGUAAAGAUGACAAUCGAACCAGUAUGCAAGAUUCAUUUAGCAUAAAUCAUGACGAUGCACUUUUAUCAGAAAAAAAACAUUCUCGUUCAAGAACAGAAAAUGAAGCAAUCAAUCUUGAAUUAGAAAAACAAUUCAAUGAAAGCUUACAAUCAAACAUUUUACAUACACAUCAUGAAGGUCUCGGCUUUCAGGGUGGUGAUAUUAGCAUUCCUUCGAGCUCAAACGAUUGUCAUAAUCAUCCAAUCAAAACGAAAUUUAUUCCAGCUUCACCAGUAAUUGCAUCUUCUACGUUGAAUGAAACAAUCAGUCAACAAUUAGAGAGUGUAAAAAAUAAAUGA